CCCGCCUGGCCGCCUGUGCCCGACAGGCUGUUCGCUCCCGAGUGAGUCAGUGCAGCAGCAACAUGGAUGUGAAUGUGACGGACAGCGAAUGGCGAAGCAUUGCUUUCCGGCAGAAAGUGGUGGCGCAGAUAGACGAGGCCAUGCGGUCCACUGGAACUCCAGUCACCAAAUCCAGCAAAGACAUGGAGAACCACGUCUUCAUGAAGGCAAAGACCAGGGAGGAAUAUCUCAGCCUGGUGGCAAGGCUCAUCCUGCAUUUUCGAGACUUCCAUAAGAAGACAAGAGCUGGUGAUCCAAUGAACGCUUUGCAGAACUUGCAAGGUGGUCCCACGGGGAGCUCGAGUGGGAUGAUGGCCACUCGUCCCCCUGGAGCUCCUUUGCCCGGAAUGGCAGGUCUGGGGCAGGUGAAUCAAUCAGUGUCACAUCCUGGGCAGCCUCAGCCGGCUCCGUCUGGAAUGGUGCCUCACAUGCCUGGCUUCCCGCCAAGCACCCAGCAGCAGUCCCAGUUACAGAUGCAGCAGAUAGCCCAGCAGCAGCAACAGCAGCAGCAGUUCCAGGCUCAACAGGCUGUACAACAGCAGCAACAACAGCAACAGCAGCAGCAGCAGCAGCAGCAACAGCAGCAGUUCCAGGCACAGCAGCAGAUAAUGAAACUACAGAUGCAACAGCAGCAGCAGCAGCAGCAGAGAUUGAUGCAACAGCAGCUCCAGCAGCAUCAGCAGAUCCAGCUCCAGCAGCUCCAGCAGCUGCAGUCUCAGCCCCAGCCGCAGCCGCAGCCGCAGCUGGCACCACAGUCCCAGCCACAGACCAUGGUUGCUCAGGUACCCAGCCAGUCUGGACAGGUUUCCAUGUCUUCACCCUUAACACAGCAGCAGCCACCACCCAUCAAACUUCAGGCUCCACAGCAGGUCCGUACACAGUUUCCACAGGGGCAGACAGCCCAGGCCCAGGCCCAGGCCCAAGCGCAGGCGCAAGCCCAGGCCCAAGCCCAGGCUCAGGCUCAAGCCCAAGCCCAGGCCCAAGCCCAAGCCCAGGCUCAAGCCCAAGCCCAGGCCCAGGUUCAGGCACAGGCCCAGAUGGGAGCAGGAGGGCAGAUGAUGUCUUCUAUGACCCGCACUGUGCGACCACGGUUCCCACCUGCAUCUGUUGCAUCGUCCACGCCUCAAAACGCCAUUCCUCUGGGAGGACAGCAAAUGGCACAGGUUAACAAUACAAUUGCUAUGAUACCAUCUCCAGUCCAGCAACCAAUGCUCCCACCACCCCAGCCUCAGCCGUCACCACAGCCUCCUUCAUCCCAGCAGAGCUCUGUCAGUUCUGGUCCAGCUCCAUCCCCAAGUGCUUUUCUGCCAAGUCCAUCAGCACAGACAACACAGAGCCCAGCUGCAGCGAGGACCCCUCAGAAUUUCAGUGUCCCUUCACCAGGCCCUCUCAACACUCCAGUGAACCCAGGCUCAGUUCCAAGCCCAGCUGGUCGGACACAGACUGAGGAACAACAGUACCUGGACAAACUGAAGCAGCUGUCCAAGUACAUUGACCCUUUGAGGCGGAUGAUCAAUAAAAUAGACAAAAAUGAAGACAGAAAGAAGGACUUAAGUAAAAUGAAGAGUCUUCUGGACAUCCUCACAGACCCUAACAAAAGGUGCUCUUUGGCAACACUGCAAAAGUGUGAAAUUGCUUUGGAAAAAUUGAAGAAUGACAUGGCAGUGCCUACACCUCCACCUCCACCGAUGUCAAUCACAAAACAACAGUACCUGUGUCAGCCCCUGCUGGAUGCCGUCCUGGCUAACAUACGCUCCCCAGUUUUCAAUCAUUCCUUACAGCGAACCUUCGGGCCAGCUAUGACUGCGAUCCAUGGACCACCAAUCACGGCCCCUCUGAUCCCUGCACGGAAACGCAGGCACGAAGAGGACGAGAGACAAACCAUUCCCAAUGUUUUACAGGGGGAGGUUGCACGACUAAAUCCAAAAUUCCUGGUGAAUUUGGACCCUUCCCACUGCAGUAACAAUGGAACAGUCCACCUCAUAUGCAAGCUGGAUGACAAGAGUCUCCCCAGUGUCCCCCCACUACAGCUCAGUGUCCCAGCCGACUACCCAGACCAGAGCCCUCAGUGGACAGACGACUCCCAACAGUAUGAGGCCAACCCCUUCCUGCAGAUGGUUCACCGUGCAAUGACAUCCAGGCUCCUGCAGCUGCCCGAUAAACACUCUGUCACUGCACUCCUCAACACCUGGGCGCAAAGCGUGAAGCAGGCGUGCCUGUCUGCUGCGUGACGUCCUCAUGCAAGGUGUGAGCACCUUCCCGCUGAACCAGUCUGCAACCAACAGCCUUGCAAUGGGUUCAUCAGGAAGCUAGAUAUAUUGGAGGGCUUGCACCUUUCAUCUCUCUUACUGGUCACCUUGAAAUACACAGGACCUUUCCAUUGUAAUUGCUGGAUAUAAAAAUAUGUAUCAAAAAGUCAA